UUUUUCUAGGGGCUCUGUUAUUUGUGAUCACAAUGAAAAGUUUAGACAAUGAUGUGAUAACUGACAGACUUCCCAAGCUCAAGAGCUCAAACGAAUGGCUGGCGCCCCAGCCGCUUUCCUUCAUGGAGGCAUUAGCUAAAGAAGAUAUUGAUGCAGCUGUUCAAUCAAUAUUAUACAGAGAAAAUUAUAUAAUUAAGGAACUAGAUAAGUAUUUAAAGCAUCAUGACUUCUUAAAUGCAAGAAGAAAAGAGAUACUAUAUAAAAGAUGGGUUGAUCGUGUGGCGGAUCCUCUCCAGAAGAAAAUUAUAGAAAAUAUUACUUCACAUAAGAAGAUUAAAAAAAGGAGACAAGAGGAAUUAGAUGGUUUUUUAAAAUACGUAAAUAAAAAGGGAAAUGCAUUUAUAGAGCAUUAUGAUCCAAAAGAAUAUGAUCCUUUUCACAUGAACAAAGAGGACCCGAAUUUUCUGAAGGUUACCAUCCCACCAUUUCGUGACCCUUUGAAAAAGGCACAAUAUGACAAAGACGAUGGAAAAAGAAUUCUUCUUCAGUGUGAGACUGGCAAAAUAUUUACAAUGAAAGAAUUUAAAGAGGUUGAGAAGGCCAAACUGCAUUCCAGAUUUCCAGCAAUUUCUAAUUCAAGGCACUUUAUGACUCCAAAUGAGUGGCUUAAACUGCCUACAAACUACAUAGAGAGUGAAUUUUGUAAAAGGAGCAGGCCUCUCACUGUUGUGGCCUGUCCCGUUGCGGAGCACAGGCUCCCGACACGCAGGCCCAGCGACCAUGGCUCACGGAUCCAGCCGCUCUGCGGCAUGUGGGACCCUCCCGGACCGGGGCACGAACCCGUGUCCCCUGCAUCGGCAGGCGGACUCUCAACCACUGCGCCACCAGGGAAGCCUCUUAGUUACUAGUUUGAUUUAUUUUUAAAUUUAUUUAUUUUAUUUAUUUAUUUUUGGCUGUGUUGGGUCGGGUCUUCGAUGCUGCAUGCAGGCUUUCUCUAGUUGAGGCGAGUGGGGGCUACUCUUUGUUGCGGUGCUUGGGCUUCUCAUUGCAGUGGCUUUUCUUGUUGCGAAGCACAGGCUCUAGGUGCGUGGGCUUCAGUAGUUGUGGCACGCGGGCUUAGUAGUUGUGGCUUGUGGGCUCUAGAGUACAGGCUCCGUAGUUGUGGCGCAUGGGCUUAGUUGCUCUGCAGCAUGUGGGAUCUUCCUGGACCAGGGCCUGAACCCGUGUACCCUGCAUUGGCAGGCAGAUUCUUAACCACUGCACCACCAAGGAAGCCCCUGUUUUAUUUUUUAGAUUCCAAAUGUAAGUGAUAUCAUACCAUAUUUGUCUUUCUUUGUCUGACUUAUUUCACUAAGCAUAGUACCCUCCAAAUCCAUGCAUGUUGUUGCAAAUGGCAAAUUUUCAUUCUUUUUUUUCAAGGCUGACUAGUAUUCCAUUGUGUGUGUGUGUGUGUGUGUGUGUGUGUGUGUGUGUGUGUGUGUGUGUGUAUCACAUCUUCUUUACUCAUUCGUCUGUUGAUGGACACUUAGGUUGACUGUAUAUUUUGGCAGUUGUAAAUAAUGCUGCUGUGAACAUUGGGAUGCUUUUGUUUUUUUCAGAUACCCAGGAGUGGAAACGCUAGGUCAUAUGGUAGUUCUAUUUUUAGUUCCAUUCUUCUUUUUUUUUUUCCUUUCUGAGGCUACAGUUAUAUGUAUGUUAGACCACUUGAUAUUGUCCCUUAGUUCUCAGAUACUCUGUUUUUAUUUAU